GUCGACAUUGUCCGGGAAACGCAGGCCUAGGCGGAAGGCUGCUGGCCCCGGGCUGAGCGCGGCGGCGGGGCCGGCCGAUGAGCGGGCCUGUCGCCUGGUCGGUUCUCCUGCCGGGGCGGUCGCUGUCGGGGACCGAAGCCAGCCGGGAUGGCGGUGCAGGCGGCGCACUUGGAGGCGGACGCCUUCCUGGUGUGCUUGAACCACGCGCUGAGCACCGAGAAGGAGGAAGUCAUGGGGCUCUGCAUCGGAGAGGUUGACACAAGCCGAAUUGUUCACAUUCAUUCAGUGAUCAUUCUGCGCAGGUCAGAUAAAAGAAAGGACCGUGUGGAGAUUUCUCCUGAGCAGCUCUCAGCUGCUUCAACAGAAGCAGAGAGAUUAGCUGAAUUAACAGGACGGCCCAUGAGAGUUGUAGGCUGGUACCAUUCUCAUCCUCACAUAACAGUUUGGCCAUCACAUGUAGAUGUUCGCACACAGGCAAUGUAUCAGAUGAUGGACCAAGGCUUUGUGGGGCUUAUCUUCUCUUGUUUCAUUGAAGAUAAAAACACAAAGACGGGCCGGGUCUUGUAUACCUGUUUCCAGUCCAUUCAAGCCCAGAAGAGCUCAGAGUAUGAAAGGAUUGAAAUUCCUAUCCAUGUCGUUCCUCACAAUACCAUUGGGAAAGUGUGCCUCGAGUCAGCUGUGGAACUGCCAAAAAUCUUGUGUCAAGAGGAACAGGAUGCCUAUAGAAAAAUCCACAGCCUCACCCAUCUGGAUUCUAUAACCAAGAUCCACAAUGGCUCAGUCUUCACUAAGAACCUGUGCAGCCAGAUGUCUGCCAUCAGCGGACCCCUGCUGCAGUGGCUGGAGGACCGCUUGGAGCAGAACAAACAACGGAUGCACGAACUGCAGCGAGAGAAAGAGGAGCUCUUGGAGGAACUGGCUGCCCUGGAGUGAGGAAGGCAAAGGGCCUGCUCUGCCUUCCUGGGCUUGGCCCCCUCCGGUUUCGCUGCUUCUCCUGCCCCUGCUUCCAUCUCGCAGUCCUCGCUGCUACAAAACGCGAAGUCCCCUGUGCGGAUUGGCGUUUCAGGGGGGUGAGGAUUUCAUUGAGCAGGACAGCAGAUACUGCAGAGGAAAGGGAAUUAACUUUUUUACAUGGUGGGACUUUUUUUUUUUUUUUAACUUAACAGGCCUUGAAGUUGUCAAGGUGAGAUGAUAUAAGCACAGCGGCCAUCGUCCUCAUAGUAUUUGGUAGCAGCUAAUUCUAGAUUACCUGUGGAUGAACCGUGUGGCAGGGUCUACAGAGGCAUGGCGCCCUCUCUCUCACUUCGUUCUUGUCCCUGUUAGGUUUCUGGCCGCAGAAAAAGGGUUUUGCAUGUCUUUCUCUUUUCAAAUGGAAUAAAGUCAGAGAAAUGAUUGGAUACCUUCUGAAUGUUGCUCUUUUGCCUCCCAUGCUGUCCUCCUAAUAGAGAGCUCCGUUCCAUAUAAAGAAAAAAAUAUUACAAACAA